GUUCAAUCAAAAAAUUAGUUUUCAUAUAAUUUAGGAAAUCAGUUAAAAGUAAAUAUUUUUUUUCAAUAUUUUAAAUUGUUACGUCAAGUGAGAAAAAAGCAGGAUGGACGAUAAUGAUCCGACUUUAAAAUUUUGGACUGAAUUCACCUGCGCCUAUCCAUAUUCACAAAAGAUGUGUAACGGUUUCUCAAAAUUAUUCCGUUUCAUUUUCGACAACCAUUUAGACUCUGUGGGCACAUUCGACGCAAUGUUGUUGUCUUCCUUUGUGCUCAUUUUCCUGACAUUUUUGGUCGUAUCUAUGCUGACGAUAUUCGAAAAAGAUCAAAAGUCAUUGCAGCAAAUAAAAGAAAAAGUUAGACAUUCAACCGCGGUCAUUGCACAGCUCGCGUCCACUUUAUGGGCCAUAAGAGAAACGAAAUUUAGAAGCAUUACUCCGGAGGGAUAUAGAAGAAUAAAACAAAAUAAGGAUGCUAUAAUGACUCUGCAAAAUCCGCCGCAGUCGUUGGAGUUAAACAAGCCCAAGGAACCACCAGAAAAACCGAAAGGGACAAAGAAGUCUGUUAGAGGAUUUAGGCAAUUCCCAUCGCAAAUGAAGAGUCCGCAAUAUCCUAUUCUGAAGCGGGUAAAGCUUGCUCAACAGCAAAAGGCUAGUAGCCUCUCCAGUGUACAAAAUAAGAAAUCAAAAAAUUUGCGGGCUGUAGCCAGCGCUGCUUCGCUCAAAAAAAAAAUUUCGAAUGAAGCAACUCCAAGAUCUAUUGGCGAGGCAGCUGAAACUCGAAUCUGUGGUCCAACAAAAGUGGUUAAGAAAGCUCAAUUUGGAGACACCGCAUAAAGAGACAAAGCUACUCUAUAUGUAUAUUUGAACGUGUGUAAAUAUAAAUAUAUGUAUUAAAUUAAAAAUUAAUAAAACUGAUGUGUCGGCACAUACAUGGGAAUAA